AUGGAGAGCCCCGUUAUACCAUUCGUCCCGGUGGAUGAUUUCUCUCCAGAGCCAGACAUGGUGAUAGAAGACCAACGUCCGCAAUCACCACUGCGAAAGCGAGCGCGUCGUAGCAGCACAGCAUCCGAGUCUGGCCGAUCUCGUGUCAUGGUUUCAGAGGAAUCGAAGGAUCCCGUAAGGGAUGAUACGUACUACAUGUCUGACGGGAGCUGCGUUCUUCGAGUGCAAAACACGUUAUUCAAUGUAUGGCCUCACGUCCAUCGCACAAUCUUGUCCAGGGACCAAUCGUUCUUUGGGUCUCUGUUUACGCUACCGCAAGGCGAAUUCAAAGAGGAGGGGACGUCGGAUGAUCAUCCCAUCGUUCUGCAGGGAGAUACUGCGGAAGAGUUCCGGCAUUUCCUCUGGGCAAUCUAUGCCCUACCCUCUGAAUUGAUGAUAGUCCGGUCUCCAAAAACCGAUCUUAGUCGGCUAAUAGACAUUGCGAAGGUGUCCAGCAAGUACACCUUCAAGUCAACGGAAACAUGGGCUUUGGACGCAAUUCAAGAAUAUCUUGAACGGAACACGUCCCCGCUGUUCAGUGGCAACCCUCUAAUACGCAUAUUCCCAACGUUAAGCACUCGUUCUUCCGCCCUUCUGGACAGUGAAGGACAAAUUGCGCGCCUGAUCAGACUUGCUCAGAUGUGCUCGCACUCACGUCUGCUGGAUACGAUGAUUCAACUGCUUCUAAAGCUAAUGACAGAUUCUUUGCACUAUUCAUAUCUGGCUAUGACCCUUGCGGAUGAAUUCAACAUCCGGGACCUGCGAGGCGCAGCGUAUCUUCAAGUCAUGCAAACAUCCGUCUUUGUCUGUCCUGGAGAGAGUAAUGGUCACACAUACGUGGAGGGUGACAUUCAGGAAACAAGCGGGGGGCCGCAGCGACUGGUGGUUAGCCCGGUGCAGCAGCUCAGACUUCUGUCGGGAUAUCACCGCCUUGCCAAGGCAUGGGAACGGUUGCGUGCCGUUCCUCCGCAGUUCGAUCACGCGCCGUCCUGCGGAGCGACGUGGCACCAACAUGGAUGCACUCAGAGCUGGACAGAUUUCUGGAAGGAGAAGACGAGGUCAGAAGGCGUACUAUCCCUUGGCUCCGCAAAUGUCCUUGGGAGAUUGACGAUUAUUGUGAAGGAGUUUGACAAAUGGGGUUCUGCAACAUAUAUGCAUCACGAUUGCAAGUCUGCAGCGAGACGGUCCAUCCACGAGAAGGUGAAGCAGAUUCAGGAAGCGCUGUCAGACUAUUUCUCAGAAGGUGGUGAAUAUUAA